AAAAAAAUUACACAUGUUCUUGUUUUCGUUCAGUGGAUUAUACACAUGAUAUUAUUGCAUAAACAUUACAUAUAACUGUGCAAUACAAAAAUGCCUAAAACAAAAAAGAAAUUCAUAGAUAAAAAGAAAGCGGUGACGUUUAAUCUCGUACACAGAUCUCAAAGAGAUCCUCUGGCCGCCGACGAAACAGCCCCGCAGCGAGUAUUAGUGCCCGUAAACACAACCAUCCCACCUACAAAGGAUAAAGAUCCAGAAUACACACCUGAACAACGCAAGGAGGAACAAAGAAAAUACGGUAUAUAUUACGACGAUGACUACAAUUAUUUGCAGCAUCUCAAAGACACAAAAGAGGUUACACUUGUGUUGCAGCCUAAAACUCCACAUAAGAAGAAGCAAACGGAAUCAACAAAAACUGAUGAAAUCAUCGAUGAAGAUGAAGAGCCUCCCAUUCCAGUCACAGAACGUCUGAUGCUGCCCAGUUCGGUGUUCGCCUCUGAAUUUGAAGAGGAUGUUGGUUUACUCAAUAAAGCUGCUCCACAGGGUUUACGCCUCGAUCUGGAUCCGGAAGUAGUGGCCGCUUUGGAUGAAGAUUUUGAUUUUGAUGAUCCUGAAAAUGAACUGGAAGACAACUUCAUCGAAUUGGCUAUGGGAGACGAUGAUGAAGAAGCAUAUGAUGAAGAUGAAGGUUCAUCGGGUGAUAAUAACUCUGAGAAAGCAUUCUCUUCAGACUUUGAAUCAAAUGAUGAAAGCGAUUCACAGGAUGAAGACAAUCGCGGCAGGAUGCCGACGUGGGCGCCGCCGGACAAGGACGACACCAAGUCUCGCUUCUCGCAGUACUCGAUGUCGUCCAGCAUUAUAAGGCGUAACCAGGGCUUGGAGCUACUGGACAACAGAUUCGAAAAGAUGUACGCCGAGUACGACGACACGGAGCUGGGAGCCCUCGACCUGGACGAGAUCGAGGGUCACAUGCCGGAGACGCACGCCAUGCUGCUGCAGGCCGCCCAGGAGUUCGAGGCCUCGCAGAGGAAGUACAAACUCGACAAGGAAACCGAAAUGAGGAGGUUACAACGUCUUCAGGAAAUCGAAGAAGAAUCUGAAGAAGAUGUCGUCACCGUGGAAGUUGAGCCCAAGGAGAGAUGGGACUGCGAGACUAUUCUCAGUACUUACUCCAACUUGUACAACCAUCCGAAACUCAUAGAAGAACCUAAGAAACCGAAGAGGAUCGUGAUAGAUCCAAAAACUGGUAUACCUAAGGACGUGCUCGGCGCCGACGGUGGGAAGCUGACGGUGAAGGCGCUGGCCAGGUUCAACGCCAUGAGCGAGGCCGCCCCGUGCGCUGCCGACGUCGCCAGCCGCGCCGACACGCUGCUGUCCACGCUCAGCGCGCUCUCCAUAAGGCCCACAGACGAAAGUGUUGAAGAAAAGAGAGAACGAAAACGUUUAUUGAAAGAAUACAGACGAGAGAGGAGAAUCGAGAAGAAAGCUAAUAAAGAAGCUUUCAAGGAAGAGAAGAAACGGCAAGAGAAGAUCAUGAUGAACAACAAGAAUAAUGUGCAAGGGAACAGAAUAUUGUAGGAGCAAUAAAUAUUGUUUA